AUGGAGCAGCACAGCAGCCUCGCCAUGGAGCAGGGGCACACCCCCGACGGGGAGCAACACAGCAGUCUUGCCAUGGAGCAGGGCCACAGCAUCGACGAGGAGCAACCGUUAGACAUGAAGGAUCAAAGAAGGCCACCCAGCAUCCUCACGACCUUCUACAGAGGUGUAGUUGAGAGCGUCCUGACAUACUGCAUCUCCACAUGGUACUCCAACUGCAAUUCUCGUUUACAGUGUGUGGAAGCCAAGAAGUACUGCUGGUAUUUUGAAGGUGGAUACCCCAUCUACUUCAUAUGUCGCUCAUAUGAAGACUGCUGCGGGACUCGCUGCUGCGUGAGAGCACUUUCCAUCCAGAGACUAUGGUACUUCUGGGUUCUGCUGAUGAUGGGAGUGUUGUUCUGCUGCGGCGCCGGUUUGUUCAUACGCAGACGCAUGUACCCGUCGCCUCUGAGAGAUGAGCCAGCGUUCAACGUCUCCUUCACCAGGCAUCCCGUCACCACACCGGUUUCCCAGCAGCCAGGAAGUAUGCAGGGUUUCGGGGUCAACGGAAUGACAGGUGGUGACCCUGGGGUUACCAUGACGCACCCAGCGUAUCCAGCACAGCCUGGCUCCACCCAUAUGAUGAUGGCCCCCUAUCCUCCACCUCCGUCUUACUGCAAUCACCCGCCACCGUCCUACGAACAAAUAUUUCAAAACGGUGAUAAGAAGUAACAUCUGCACAAGCUGGAGAAGAAGGACAUCUGGAGAAGAGGAGGAAGAGGAGGAAGAGGAGGUAAAGUCUGCCCAUUCUUAACUGGUUUUGGACAAACACAACCGGUUCUGUGGGAAAGACCAACAGAGGCACAAUAAACUCUACACACACACACACACACACACACUGCGUCAUGUGAAAUGAUUCAUUUCCUGUUGAUUUACCGACUGGAUCAGUGACUGUGUCGUAAUGAGGACGAGCGAGGAUGGAAGCGUCUCUCAUCUGUAACUAUGACAUUCUCACUUCAGGUUAGUUCAGUUUUUUUAACUUUAACUGGAUGAGGUACUGACACUGACCGGACUCAGUCCCCAGAACCAUCAGGUUUUAGCCACUUAGUAAAAAAAUCACCUUAACAACUCGAGAAAAUCACUGAUUUUAUCAUCACAGCACACAGAAGUCUCCAUUUAUGACUUUGAUGUUUGAAUUCCUUAGUUCAGGUUUACUUAAGUCAAACAUCGACCAAACAACUCAGUGUCCAAGCACGACACACGAGUCUAAGUCUCUCCUGCAGGCGUUUUACUAAAUGAUGAGUUCUUGAUGCAUUUUUGAUCCCAGUAUCUGUCGCCCUGUUAUGUAACGACAUGUUAGCGGCGAUGAAGGCUUUUCGUUCACCACACGAUGGAUCACAUGGACGUGGUGAGAGGGUGAAGUGGGUGAUGGUAUGUUUCUUUCUCUUCUGCCACACCUCCACUGUCAUGUGAUACUUUUUAACGUCAAAAUGCUCUAUAUUUAUAUCCUACUUUUCUUGUCUUGAUGACCACGACAGCUCUGGCAUUCACCCAUUCACACCCAUUCCCUCACACAUGCAGCCGUCAUGAGCAACGUGGGGUUAGAUGUCUUAGCCCCGGGGCAGGAGACUUGUGUGCCCCUGAGUCCAAUGCCCUGAUACUUUGCCAUGGGCUGUCCACACAUCAGCAUGUUGGCUGGCAGUGCUGGGAAUCAAACCCCCACCCUCCAGUUAAAGGACGACCCACUGAAUCCCACUGAAGAUGGUGAAGAAGAGGCAGAGUCACAUUGAAAUAAAGCGAAUGGGCGUGUUGCCAUUGAUGAAGUGUGAGCGGUGCAGUGGAGAGCGGUGCAGUGUGAGGGGAAACUAUUACUUCUCAUUGAGCUCAUUCCUCUGAAGCCUCUGCUCGACCGGCUGUUGAACUGUUCACUCGCUCACUUAGUCAUGUUCACUCACUAUAUACUAAGUGUGGUUAGCAGAGCGGUGACUGUCAUGGCCGACUCUGAACAACAUGGUUACAUGCGUGUCUGGAUGGUAUUCUCUUAUUCUCUUAUAAAGUAUCACAAUGUGACGUCGUCUUCUGGUUUACAGGUUGAGGCCUAUCAGGAAGUUACAAUUCAUUGAAUAGCCACCGGGGGCGCUAUGGGACAAUUAAAUCUCAGAGUUAUGGUAACAGUCACUAGUUUCAGCUCUUCUUCAAUAGAAAAUAAUGUCAUUUAAAUAAAGAUGAUCGACGAUAAAGCACAGCACAUUAUUGUCCAGUAGGUUUCAAAAGUGACAUGACACCAGUGAGAUGAUGAAGCUUGUUUUUCCACUUUUUAUAUCUGGUUUAAAUCUGGAUUAAAUGCACAGACAUUAUUUGAUUGGUCAGUGCUCAUCAUACACACACAGAUUAAUCUGCUUCUGUAUGUCAUCAACUACAGUUUCAAACACAUAAAGCUGCUGUCAUGUCUUCAGAUGUCCCCUCCCUCAUCAGCUGUCCCCUCCCUCAUCAGCUGAUGCUGGGAACAGACUGGUUUUGGACCCACAGGAGAUAUUUGAUCAUGUUAUAUGUGCAUUAGUGUUCUCUAUCUCUAAGUCAAGACUCACUGACCUGUUCAAAAUGUCAAAUGUUAGAGAAAAGGCAGUAAAUACAGUCAGAAACGUUUUAUUCUGCACAAUUUAAAAUUGUGUAUGUAGAGAAUAUAGAGCUCUUUAACAUUACUAUUAUUAUUUAAGUUGUAUAUCAACAAACAGCUUUAACGCUGUGGUUUUUAAAGUCUAUUAGCAAACAUGUAGGUUUAGUACAUGUAGUGUGUAUUCCUGAUAUUUCUCUGUGUCAUGAAACGUGUUCUGCUGGAGUUUGUUAGAUUUACACACAGUAACUGUUCCCUGCCUUCACUUUUAUUUGUUUCAUUUAAACCACAGGAGUGCAGGUGGUAUUGUUUGAUUAUUAUUAUUAUUAUUAUUAUUAUUAUUAUUUCUGGAAUAAGCACAGAUCUGCCUAUUGUUGAACACCUUCUAGUUACAUGUCUUUAUCAGUAUUGUCUGGGCAGAGUCAUGAAGCAUCAACACUUUUGUUUUUCUAAACCUCUGGAGCUGGAAGUGAAAGUCACCGUGUUCAUAUCGAUGGAAACAUGAAUGAAUGAAUGAAUGAAUGAAUGAAUGAAAGAAUGAUCAAAUUAGACCCAUUUUCAACCAUUAAAAAAAAAUCUGUAUUCUAUGACAUGAAUGAGUGAAUGUACUGUAUUUGUCACCUUUGAAUUUCCUCAUGCUGAGUAAUUAUUUGUGUUUAGAGAAUCUUGACUUAAGAACAUUGACUGCUCCACUGGA